AGGCUGAAACUUCAUACCAUUCCUUCUGCAAAGUAUGAGAAAUACUUCAAAAGUAAAAAUUGCACUACAUAUUAUAGAACAAAUGUGUAUAAACCAGCAUCUCUACGUUGCUAAGACACUGGACGCUGCUUUGUUUAUAGCAAGGAAAAUCUGAAUUCCUACAACAUUCGGGAUGGGGAAAGAUUACUAUUCUAUCCUGGGAAUUGAAAAAGGGGCUUCUGAAGAGGAUAUCAAAAAGGCUUACAGAAAACAAGCGCUUAAAUGGCAUCCAGAUAAAAACAAAUCUCCCCACGCAGAGGAGAAAUUCAAAGAGGUUGCAGAAGCCUAUGAAGUGCUGAGUGAUCCCAAAAAGAGAGACAUUUAUGAUCAGUUUGGGGAGGAAGGUCUGAAAGGAGGAGCUGGAGGACCUGAUGGACAGGGUGGUACCUUCCGGUAUUCCUUCCAUGGCGACCCACAUGCUACAUUUGCAGCUUUCUUUGGUGGCACAAAUCCUUUUGAGAUCUUCUUUGGAAGAAGGAUGCCUGGUGGCAGAGACACUGAAGACAUGGAGGUGGAUGGUGAUCCAUUUGGAUCCUUCUCUAGUUUUAGUAUGAAUGGUUUUCCAAGGGAAAGAAAUACAGUUGGUAGUCAAUUACGUCGUAAACAAGAUCCCCCUGUAAUCCAUGAACUUAAAGUGUCAUUGGAAGAGAUCUAUCAUGGUUGCACAAAAAGGAUGAGGAUUUCACGUAAAAGGCUUAACCCAGAUGGUAGGAGUGUCCGAACAGAGGACAAAAUUCUUACUAUUGAGAUAAAAAGAGGAUGGAAAGAAGGCACCAAAAUCACUUUUCCGAAAGAAGGUGAUGAAACGCCCACCACAAUUCCAGCUGAUAUUGUUUUUAUCAUUAAAGAUAAACCUCACUCUCACUUCAAGAGAGAUGGAUCAAAUAUUAUCUAUCCUGUUAAGAUCAGCUUACGGGAGGCUUUAUGUGGCAGCUCUAUCAAUGUGCCAACGAUAGAAGGAAGAACCAUACCCAUGACAGUAAAUGAAGUUGUAAAGCCUGGCAUGAGAAGAAGAAUUAUAGGAUAUGGUUUGCCGUUUCCCAAAAAUCCUGACCAACGUGGAGACUUAAUUAUAGAGUUUGAAGUAAUUUUUCCAGAUACCAUUUCUCCAGCAUCAAAAGAAGUACUUAGGCGAAAUCUUCCAGUUUCAUAAAAUGAAGACUGCGUGUGUCAGCUCUUUAAAUAAGACACUGGAAAUGCAGAAGACUGGCAAGUCUGUGCUUUAAAAGUGCAAUCUGUAACAACUAGUGGAAUAUUUGUUUUUUUUGUUUUGUGGGAUGGGUGGGUGGGGAAUACUGUAAUGCUGCA